AUGACCACCGGAAACUGGUGCCAAUAUCGUUGGCCAUCCGUGAACAAUUUACGAUUCAGAUCAGGUUGUAUAAGAAUAAUGUUACCUUUCCAGCACCACAUAUUCCCGAGAGUAGCGAAUCAAACGAGCCAUCACACCGUUGGCCAAACCCUCAAGUGGCAAAUUAAGCCGAAUUUCUCGGUAGAUGUCUUCCGGCAUGCCUCCAUCCAUUCGGCAUUUGUGGUGAAGGAAACCGCUGAUCGAUUCGGUGCACUCGCCAAGUCGAAUUGCCGCAAGAACUUGCGCUUCCUCCCGAUCCUUCGCCCGGAUGUUCUCCUCCAAUUCCAACAUGCUGAAGAGGUCCCAAAGUCUUGA